UGCGAGACCGGAUAUAGUGAAUGCAGUGUCCGGGGAGACCAGAUAUAGUGAAUGCAGGGUCCUGAGAGACCGGAUAUAGUGAAUGCAGGGUCUGGGGAGGGCAGAUAUAGUGAAUGCAGGGUCCAGGGAGACCAGAUAUAGUGAAUGCAGAGUCCGGGGAGACCAGAUAUAGUGAAUGCAGGAUCCGAGGAGACCAGAUAUAGUGAAUGCAGGGGUCCAGGGAGACUAGAUAUAGUGAAUGCAGGGUCCGGGGAGACCGCAUAUAGUGAAUGCAGGGUCCGGGGAGACCGGAUAUAGUGAAUGCAGGGUCGUGGGAGA